AUGAACAUAUCUACGAACCAAGUCGUCGAAUCCGAUGUCGCAGAUAAAUGUAGCAAUUCUGAAAACACCAUAGUAAUCAAUAUUGAAUCAUGUCAUCCUACGACAUUGUACAGUGAUACACAGAACGAAGUACCAAUCAUGGCAUCCAUCAGUGACAAUGUACGCUCUCAAGACGCAGUAACAUUAAAACGUGGUGAAAUAGAAGAUUUGAAAGACACUAAUACGACAAGACAACGAGUGGUUGAAUCCAGUGCUACUCUUCAUGAUUUAAAUACUCUCGCAAAAAUUGGCAUUCCACGACAUGAUGAAUCAGUUCAUAUUGAACAACAACAACAGAAUCCAACUGAUGUUCAAUUACCAUCGUUUUGGUCGCUAAAUGGUCUUCACGCUCGAUGGACUGAUCCGUUGUUCCGGAAAAUGUUAUGGAAUGUAUUUCUAUUGUCAUGUUCAUGGAGUCUCGGUCAAGCCAUAAAUUAUAUUCAAGUAAGCACGACAACAGUGGCGGCUAAAAGUUUUACCGAUUCAAAUCUGGCGACGAUACCUAUCGGCGUAAUGCUUUUAAUUGGUACCGUUUCAUCUAUAUUUUUGCCCCGUGCAAUAGCUCGGUUUGGAUACCGACGACCAUUUUAUUUUGGUGCUCUUAUGGGCUCCAUCGGAGCUGGACUAAGCAUUGUAGCAGCAUGGUAUAAGCUCUAUUGGUUGUUAAUUGUGAGUUCUGGAUUUUUAGGUGGACAAUUGCCGUGCACAUUGUACUAUCGCCUGGUAGCAUUGCAGUUUUCGACGCAAGAAUUUGCUCCAAAAGCCAUAGCAAUGGUCAUAGCUGGCGGUUGCUUCUCUACAAUACUCGGGCCAGAAAUUGCUACACAUACAGUAAACAUGUUGUCAAAACCAUACUGCGGGGCUUAUAUAGCAACAUUAGGCGAAUUCUUGCUACUUCUAUUCCUUAUGACAAUAAUCCAGUUUCCCGACAUGAGCACAAAAUAUGCUGCACUUAUACCGAGUUCAUCAUCAACGACAAGAAACAGUAACUCUGGUCUAGACGGUCGUUCAAUAUUCGUAAUAGCUGGUCAACGAACAUUUCUUGUUGCCAUUUUUAUUGGCUUCGUAUCAUGGUCAUCAAUGUCUGUUCAAAUGUCGGCUACACCUUUAGCGAUGACUGGUUUUGGUUACAGUUUUCGUCAAGUAAUAACAGCUAUCGAAUGCCAUCUAUUAGGCAUGUUUGUUCCAUCGUUUUUUUCUGGAACUCUAUGUAACUGGUGUGGUAGUCGACUACUUAUGGUUGCUGGUCUUGUUACUCAAUUGAUAGGAGCACUAUUACUUCAACGUAAUAUGGCAAUUAGUUCUUUCAAUGUAGGUUUGAUUUUUGUUGGUAUUGGAUGGAACUUUGGGUACGUAGCCUCAUCAGCAUUGCUAAUGAAAUCUCACAAACCGGAAGAAAAACCAAAAGUACAUUCAAUAUACGAAGCGAUUACAAUGCUUAGUAUAACGAUAUCAUUCUUUGCAGCUGCAUUUGCCGAGCAGUCUCUCGGCUGGAAGAUUUUAACCGGGAGACUGAUGGCCUACUAUCUGGUUACAGCUAUAGUGAUAUUAACGAUAGACACAACAUUCGUAUUUUAUAAAACCAGAAGUAUCAAGUUGGAAAUAAAUGAGACAUGA